AUGUUGCGCGUGUCGUCGUUCGGUGGAGGAGCACAGUUCGCGGCGCCUUCGUCCUCGGUUUCGACGAGAACGAGGAGGACUUUGAAAACGACGACGACGACGACGACUCAAAGUUCUUCUUCUUCUUCUUCUUUCUCGAAGCAGCAGCAGCAGGAGCGAAGAAGGCGUAAUAAAAAAUCAUCGUCUGAAAUUUCUUCCGUGUUGCGUUUAUCCAAAACCGAAGGGAAAAGCGUCUUAAAAUUGAAAAGGCGUUCUUUUGUCGUCAUGGCGAGUUCGGAGGAGGACGUCGUUUCUUCGAGCGAGGAGGAAAAAGAACUCAUCAGGAAGCGUUUAUCUAUCGCGACAAAACUGGUGCACCCGAAAACGUCCGUCGAGGACCCGUAUUCCGCGUCGGCGCCACCGCUGUACCAAACCGCCACGUUCGCGCAACCGAACGCGACAGAAAACGGGAGGUACGAUUACACGAGAAGUGGGAACCCGACGAGAGACCAGUUGGAGGAGCAAUUCGCGGACAUUGAAGGCGCGACGAGAGCGUUCGCGUUCAGCUCGGGGAUGAGCGCGUUAGCGACGGUGACGAGAUUGGUGAAGAAUGGCGAGCGCAUCGUCACCGGCGACGAUAUUUACGGCGGGACGAGUCGGUUGUUAGCGCAAGUCGUUCCGGAAGUUGGGAUUGAAGUCGUGAACGUGGACUGCACGGAUUUGAAAGCAGUGGAAGAAGCCAUAAACGGUGGACCGACGACGAUGGUUAUGCUCGAGUCGCCGACCAAUCCGAGAUUGCAAUGCAUCGACGUGCGCAAAAUUUGCGAGAUGGCCAAGAAGAAAGGCGCUUUGGUGUGCGUGGAUAACUCCAUCAUGACCGCGACGUUUCAAAACCCGUUAGAGUUAGGAGCAGAUAUUAGCAUGGUUUCCGCGACAAAGUUCAUCGCCGGGCAUUCGGAUGUUACCGGAGGUUUACUCGCAGUCAAAGGUGAAGAGUUGGCAAAACGCGUGUACUUUUUCCAAAACGCCUGCGGCACGCUUUUAGGCCCGUUCGAUUGUUGGUUAGCUUUGAGAGGCAUCAAAACCAUGGACUUGCGAAUGAAAAGACAGCAAGAAAACGCGAUGAAAUUAGCCGAAUGGAUCGACAAUCACCCGAAGGUCCAAAAAGUAAACUACCCGGGCUUAAAAUCCAACCCGUUCCACGACGUGCACUUCUCCCAAGCCACCGGCGCGGGAAGCAUUCUCUCCUUCACCACGGGAGACGUCAACUUUUCCAAAACUAUAGUCGAAGAAACGAAACUGUUUAAAAUUACCGUCUCUUUCGGUGGCGUGACGAGUUUAAUUUCCUUGCCGUGUUUCAUGUCGCACGCGAGUAUUCCAGCAGAAGUCAGAGCCGCUCGAGGCUUGCCGGACGAUUUGGUUCGCAUCAGUUGCGGCAUCGAAGACGCCGAGGAUUUGUUAAACGACUUGAAAAGAGCGUUCGAGAAAGCCGAAAAGAAUAAAGCCACGUGA